AUGCUCUCCACACCCGCUGCAGGCGGGCGCUUCCGCCGGGGAGGUCUGCCCUGGAGGCUUCGUCCGCGCUCCUGCCUGGCGUCACCGCCGUCCUCCAGCGGCGGCGGCGGCGAGCCUGAAAAGGCGAGGCCUUUGCUCGCGGAGAGGUACCGGGACGGCGUCGUCAAGAGAUAUAUAUCGGAUGGCAAUUCUAAGCUGCAAUUUCGUUUGGAGAAGCAUGAAUCUCCGGUAAAUGCUGUGGAAGAUGAGAAUGCAGAUUCUUUGAUCCCCCAGGCUAUUUGGGACUUUGUGCUUCCAGCAGGGUUUCCAGGGUCUGUUUCGGUUGACUACCUGGAGUACAUGUUGUUGCAGUUCCCAACAAAUGUGACAGGUUGGAUCUGUCAUGUAUUGGUGACAUCAAGUCUUUUGAAGGCUGUAGGUGUUGGAUCUUUUACAGGAACUUCUGCAGCUGCAUCUGCUGCUGCUAUCAGAUGGGUAUCAAAGGAUGGCAUUGGGGCUUUUGGGCGUCUUCUCAUUGGUGGACGCUUUGGAGCACUUUUCGAUGAUGACCCAAAGAAGUGGAGGAUGUAUGCAGAUAUCAUUGGAAGUGCUGGAAGCAUAUUUGAGCUCAUGACUCCACUGUAUCCAGGUUACUUCCUCCCACUUGCAUCAUUGGGGAAUCUUGCAAAGGCCAUAGCAAGAGGAUUUAAAGAUCCUUCCUUCCGUGUUAUCCAAAAUCACUUUGCAGAAUCUGGAAAUCUUGGAGAGGUUGCUGCAAAGGAGGAAGUAUGGGAAGUAGGAGCUCAGCUUUUAGGCCUUUCAACCGGUGUACUUAUUAUGGAUACCGCAGGUGUAAAGUCAUCAUACUUAACUCUUGCUUUAACUUGGCUGAGUGUUCGUCUUCUACAUCUUUGGUUGCGCUAUCAGUCCCUAUCAGUUCUCAAGUUCCGCACAAUAAACCUAAAACGUGGCCGGAUUCUUGUGAGAUCACAUGUUGCACAACAUACUGUUCCUGGUUAUGUUGCUUGCAAUGAGGAAGAAAGCAUUUUAACAUGGGAAAGAUUCUUGCGUCCACAAAUUUCUUUUGGUGUGCCCAUGGAAAGAAUGCUUGGUGGUGAUGAAUCCAGUGACAUGGUGGAUAGAUUAUUGAAGUUGUACAAGAAUGAGAGGUAUAUCCUCUUCUUUGAGCAGUUUGGAUCAAGGGAGCCAACAUUUCUAGUUACUUUCAAGGAGUCGGCAACAAGCAUGUCAGUCCUAAGGAGCCUGUGGCAAGCACAUUGGCUUCACAAGAAUCAGCUAAGGCAGGAGGAGGUUUUCCCUUGGUUAGAAGAAAGCCUAGUUGCAUUGGAGAAUGGAUUUACUGACUUCCUCGAGCAAAUGUGUAGCGCUGGCUGGGAUCAGAACCUAAUCAUUUUGAAAGUGCCAAAAGAGCCCGUCUUGGUGCUGGAACAUCUAGACCAAGAGGUGUGA